UGUGUGUGUAUGAUUAUAUAUUCAAGAAGAGGGCCUCUGAUUUUUCUAGAUAUGUUUUUUUUUUUGUGAUUAAUUUGUAAAUUUUUCAUUUGGGCUCUGUGAAUCUAGAAACCCAAUUCCUCAAAUCGACAGUGGCAAAGAUUGUGACGAAGGGCGAAUAAGUGUGAAAUGGAAGAUGCAGCGGCUCUAAUGGAGGCUUCAGGAUCGAGGUUUAGCAAUUUGGAGCUGAUUGGAAGAGGUUCUUUCGGGGAUGUCUACAAGGGAUUUGACAAGGAAUUAGACAAAGAGGUUGCCAUCAAGGUCAUUGAUUUAGAGGAAUCGGAGGACGAAAUAGAGGACAUCCAAAAGAUUCAACCAAACCAGCCACUGGAUGAAGUUUCCAUAGCUUGUAUUUUACGAGAUUUGCUCCAUGCCAUUGACUAUCUCCACAAUGAGGGAAAAAUUCACCGCGAUAUCAAAGCGGCAAACAUUUUGUUGACAGAGAAUGGCGAUGUUAAGGUUGCAGAUUUUGGCGUUUCUGCUCAAUUAACAAGGACAAUAUCGAGAAGGAAGCUGAGAAUAUCUAUUCAAGGAGUCGUCAAAUCUCCAUCUAACUCAAUUAAAAGUCAGACUUUCGUAGGAACACCAUUCUGGAUGGCUCCAGAAGUAAUUCAAAACUCGGACGGAUACAAUGAGAAGAUACAAUUUUGGGAAAUUAUUCUAUUUUCCCACCGUGAUAUCGGAAUUUAUGGCUCGAAACAGGCAGAUAUUUGGUCUUUGGGAAUAACUGUUAUUGAGAUGGCAAAAGGAGAACCUCCACUUGCAGAUCUUCACCCUAUGAGAGUGCUUUUCAUCAUUCCCAGAGAGAAUCCACCGCAGCUAGAUGAGCAUUUUUCUCGCCCUAUAAAAGAAUUUGUGUCAUUGUGUUUGAAGAAGAAUCCAGCAGAGAGGUCAAGUGCUAAAGAACUUCUCAAGCAUCGUUUUAUCAGAAAUGCUAGGAAGAGUCCAAGGCUUCUCGAGAGAAUCAGGGAUCGCCCCAAAUUCCACAUUGAUGAAGAGGCAACUGAUAACGGCCCAACUGGAUUUGGAGAGGCUUCAGGAACUGUAAAAGUAACUAGAGAUUCUGCAGCUGAGACCACCAUUCGGGCCAGUAGUCAGGCAAUGGGUCUGAAGAAUACUGGAUGGGACUUUAGUAUUGGUGGAUCAACUGGGACGGGAACUGUUCGAAGUGUAGUAAAGCCACCUCAGACGAGGAAUAGGAGGCUCGAGGCCCCAUUGAACCAAUCCACGUCUGAGAAAAUGGCCGAUGGUGGGCCCCAGAGGUUUUCUAUUUCUGGACCAAAUGCUCGUACUUCAUCAGAGUUCUCCAUGAGGAAAGAUUCUAGCUAUCCAGUGAAGCAGGAUAACUAUGAUGAAGAAGAUGUUAGUGGGACUGGGACUGUAGUAAUACGAUCACCUAGAGCAGCUCGGCCCUCCUCUCCAUUCAGCAACCAAAGUUUCACGUCCAGCAGCACACUCGCCUCUACUGAGGAUACUUCCAUCAGUGGCACUGUUGUUUAUCGUGGUCAGAAUGAAGAUUCGGGUUCUCCUAGAAAUGCAAAGUCUAGGCUGGGACUUCAAGAUAGAACUUUUAGUGCAGUUCUUGAAGACAGUGAAGCAAACCUUGCUGAGGCAAAGGCUGCAAUACAGGGAGGGAGAAAAGGAAAUACGAGGGAAAGAUCUGCAUUCAGCAAGAGAGAUGUCGAGGAAUGCAGAAAAACUGAGCAAUCAACGACCAGCUCUGCUUCAUCAAGCCAUUCUUGUGAUUACUUUGAUGCACAAAAAGCAUUUACAAGAUCACACCACACGAGUGACGAGGAGGAUAAUGCAAGAAGUUCUGCAGCUGCUCUCUCUACCCCAUUAUCGGUUCUUCUCAUUCCAUCUCUUAAAGAUGCAAUCACUGACGAUUCAAGAGGAUCAAUCUUUCAGGCCGUGGCCAACUCGUUAAUGGAUAUGGAACGUCAUAAUCCCGGUUCCUCCGAACUACUUGUAACCAAUUUGGUUCAACGAUUGGCAAGUUCAAAUGAUGGGUCCAUGAAGGACCUGCAGGAUCUGGCUGCUCGGAUAUUCGUUAAGGCAAAGAUAGAAAUACCUUCUACAAGUUCAGAAGCUGCUGAUAACAAGAAAAAACAGCAGAAUAAAGAGCACAAUUCGAAUUCCAAUAUGAGUCCACUGGCUAGAUUCUUGCUCUCGAGAUGGCAAGGCCACGCCUCUCGGGACCUAAAUUCUUGAAAUGUGGCGUCUUAUUUAUCGACUGGGUAAACUUAAUUUCUCGUGUUUUUUGGGUUAAAAUUUGUUGAAUUGUACAUAUCAUUCAAGAAACAUGUAAUUUAUGAUAAUUUUGUUAUUUAUUCGUUAUAUAUUUUUCGUGUUAUGCUUGCUGCCAAAGAAAAUUUGGACUAUAAGUCUCUCUAAUUUGCCUUGUAAUAGAACAGAAAGAACACUCAAAGAGUGAUCAAGAUCUAUUGUUUGUGAUCUAUAUAACUUUGAUUUAAACUGUUAUACAUUUUAUUUUCUUAAAUUAAAUGAAACUAUUAUUGUACAUUAAUUCU